CAUGUGUAUUCAGAUAUAAUUCAACUAGUUUGUUUCCAAAUUAAAAGUAAAGUAAAAUCCUCCGGAAUGAAGCGAAUUGUGCCACUUUCAGCAGACUUAUUAAGUGACAUAAUGACCCACCGGAAUGAGUAUCACACACCACCUGGGCAUUAUAUAGAGGCAGAACAAGUGGGUGAUAACAGAGGACUAUAUGCGGCAACCAGUUCCCCCCAAUUCUUGCCAUCGGAUGCGAGGCAACGCACUGAUGGAUUUGCCGAUGGACCCAUUGUGGCGACCACUCCCGUUUCAGAACUGACACCCAGUGAGGUACUGACCAGACUUGAGGCACGCCUGGAUUUCUUGGCGGCGGAAGUGCAAGAACUGCGCAAGUUGAUACCUAAACCAAUCAAUCAGAAUGAGGAGCCCUGCACGAGCGGGUCAUAUGGCUUAAAGCGCUCUCAAUCCGAUCUAUCGUUGAUCCUUAAGUCGAGCUCGGACCUGAGACUCAUCAAUUCCUCCAACGAUCUGCAUCUGCGAGGGGAGCAGUCGCUGGACAAACGCAAUCGCAAGGGGCAGUUGUACCGCGACAUGCAGAUGCAUCUGACCAAUAUGAUAGUCGUGCCCAAGUCACGCACCUCACUGUUUCUCAACCAGCGAAAGGAAUUGAACUCCCAAUUGUGCCAUUGGCGGCAUCAAUAUUCGGAUGAGGAUUGGAUGCAGAAUUUCCAGAGCAGCUCCACGGAGGCCGAGCGGCGCUUCAAGAAUGUGCGUCGUCAGUGAAAGUAAAAGAUUUCUUUGCUUGCCUCCUAAAUAAAAUUGAGAAAUUGUGCCUGUC